AUGGAUAACACGGCACCAUCAUACCGUCCGGAAUUCGCGGCGCAAGCCAGCUAUGAUGAUACCCCUGCGCAGUAUCAUGCGCAGGAAGAGGAGCAGCAGACGGAAGGAUUGGCACUGCACCCUGCCUCCCCAUCUUUGCACGACAGACUAGCAGCAGAGCGGCACGUCCCUCGGCCCGUCCCGUCACUCGGGCUCGAGGAUGCGGGUGCGUUGGAUCUGGCGGCUGUGGAGGCCGCAGCCGGCUUGGGCACGGAAGAGGCUGCCCAGCUGCGCAGGCAGGCACAAGACGAAGUGCUGGCGGAGCUGAAGGGCGAGGUCACCCAGAGGCGGCAAGCGGUUGCAGGGGAGUCUCAGGAGAUGAGCCACGUGCUGCCGCACCGCCACCACCAAGGACAGCCGCACCGCCACCACGGUAUCGGAGAGGAGCGUGGCCCCGGUUCUGAAGCGCCUGAUAGAUGGUUGUUGUUGUUGUUGGUGGUGGUGGUGGUGGUGGUGCUGGUCCUGAUGGCGGCUGUUGCAGGUGCGCUACUCAAGUUCGCGCGGGCAGUGGCUGCAGAGCGACACGAAUCAGUCCGUCACGUGCUGGAGACCGUACCGGCAGUUCCCGUAGAUAUCCGUCGACUGGACAGCAAGUCGGAUGGAGAUUAG